AAUCAAAAAAAAAUUCAUGAUUUUCGGAUUGUGGAGCACAAAGUUAUGGUCAUUCAAAGUUUGACGAAAUCGAAAAAAGGCUCGUUCGGGGUAGCAAACGACAUAUUUUCGAGACGAAGGCGGGACCAAACCUCCUAUGGCCAUUUGCGACUUGCAAGAUCUCGAAAAAUUAUGCGGAAUCAAAAAAAAUUUUGCUACGAUCGGAUAACCGAGCACAAAGUUACGUUUGUUUCAAGUUUCGACGCAGGUCAGGCCUUCACCGCGGCCGUGUACUGCAGUGAUGCAAUCACUGUCUUCGUCGACAGCGGUGAUGCAAUCACUGUCUUCGUCGAAAGCGGUGAUGCAAUCACUGUCUUCGUCGACAACAGUGAUGCAAUCACUGUCUUCGUCGACAGCGGUGAUGGCCCAAACUAACGUAGAUUGGGAAUUAUUUUCAUAACGUGUGUAUUUUGAGAUUUUUUUUUAAAAAGAUGUGUAACUUGGGAUUUUUUCCUGUGUUUUUGUGUUGGAUGUUACAUAGCCUGCAGUGUAAGUGGAAUUUCCUGUAGAACACCCUAUCAUCGUGUAAAACAAGAUCACGACCAUAAUUUUUUCUGGCAAGGACGUGAAGAAUGUGUUGGACUUGCCAGCAUCUCUGUUUUUUCAUUCCGACAUUGAUCGGAUUCUGGGAUGUUCAAAUUAGAAACCUGUGGACUUUGUAUAACCUUUUGAUCAUGUUGGUAUAUCGAUGCAUGCUUCUCUCAAGUAAAGGUUGUUCGAUUGUUGUAGCCCGAUUUAGUAUAUGAGAAAAGUCAUUAUAUUGUUUAUACAUUUGUAAAUUAUAUAAAAUUGCAUUAAUAUAUGAGUAACAUAUGACAUUACCACCAAGAUAACAUUUCAUAUUUGACAAACAAAAAAAAUAAGCGCAUUGCACAAAUCAAAGGGAAAAAUAUGUCGUGUGAUUACCAAAUCGGGAAUCUUGAUAUGGAUCGACCCACAAGUUUGUGGAACUAGUUUUUCACAGCGGGUUCGAGUCAAAUCGAGUCAACAUGUAGGUUGGCAACCUUGCUCUCAACCCGUUGCAUGUGUUGUAUCAAAAUAUAUUGUUGAUUCCGCUUCUUGUCUGGAAGGUCUUGAAUUUGGUAGUGAUGUGGGAAAACUGUCAUUGUUUGACAGCCCGCCACUGCCAUCAUGGAUUAGUACGUUGGCGGUACUGAUUGUGGUCAAUUCGAUUCAAUUUUUUUCACAUUAAUAUUCGAUUCGAUAUAUGGUCUGGUCCAAUCAUUAGUUUGAUCCGAUGCAAUUGUAGUAGCACACCCCUACUAAUUAGGCAACUGGAAUUUGGAACUCAUGGGUCAUGAGCUGUUAAAAAGAGUUUUAUGGGUAGUAGGAUGCUUGCCUCUAAAUUAACGUAUACACUAGGGUUAUUUGCAUCACAUACCAUUUAAAAUAUUACUUUUGUUGCAUACUAACCACCUAAAUUUUCUUAGUAGCAACUAAACCACACAAAUUUAUUUCUAGUUGCACCGUCACAUUUUCCAUCCAAAAACUUAACGGUGGGUACCAAAUUGCAAUUUUUAGUCCACACCAGCAUUCCAACUCAGCCUGCUUGGUUACAACUUACAUGCUAUCAUAUUUUCCUUCUUUUCCUCCUCUUUUCUUUAUUAAAAUCCCACAAGGCCUCUUCACGUAGCUCCAAAGAAAAAUUUGUAUUCUUG